CGGCGAAAACGCAACCGACUCAUCUGAAAAAUUUUAUAUUUCCCGCGUUUAUCAUUUUCACGGCCUAAUUCAAACCUCUCUCAAGCAGAACGCCUCUCUCCGGCGAAAGGUUCUGACCUCACUAGUUAUUCUUAAGGACGCUUGGAGAAUUGCUGAUCCCUGUGGUAGGUUCUGCCUUCUUAAUUAUUCUUUUAGGACAUAGUACAAGUGAUUCUCCUCAGACCCUAUUGAGUGCUGGAAGGUUGAAACACAAUGGAAAAAGGCAAGCGCCCAGAUAGAAGGUCAAAAAAGUUGGGGAAAAGGUGUGUGAAGUCUGCUGACAGGGUUGGAGUUCAGAAGUCUAGAAAGAUUAUUUCUCAGGAGAUGAAAGCUCUGGACAACGCACACAUUGAAGAUAGCUUGAAGAAUGUAGAGAGUUCAGCUGAUCGAACUAAUCCAGCAGAAGUGACGGAGAGGAUACCUCUUCUUGAUCUUUAUCCCACACAGAUGCCCCAUCCUCGCACAAAAAUCAAGCUUCAACUUUUUCCAAUAAAUGAAAAAAUGCGUAUGGCAGUGGAAAAGGAGGGAUAUCAUCCAUAUUUGGAACUGACUUUAAAGGCUCGAAAGAAAAUUUCUUCGGUCUUGAACCAUCUAAUUAGCAAGUGGGGAUCUAAUGUAGCACGAGGGGAGCUCACGCUUUUUCCAUACAAUAAGCCAUCAAGUCUUGUCAGUGGUCUAAAAUGGACUCUGGAAGAUUAUGACAUCAGUGCUGGAGAUGUCUAUGCAGCUGUUGGAGGUCCUUCAGUUUUCCGCUUAAGAUACGGCUGGGUCUCCACAUCCGUUCCAAAAUUUCAUUCAUUCUCGAAAGGGUUGGAGAAAGGUUGCAGUAGUACCUUGCAAAUCAUACAUGGGGAAGGCAAACAAUCUGAGCGAACAAUGGAUGAGAUCAAGUCAAGCAAUAUGAAUGAAAUGAAUAACACUGCUGCACCAGAUAAGACUGUGGAUUGUCCAACUAAUCCAAUGGGUAAUGAGCCACCGUUAAAUUCUGGUCGUCAGUUGUCAUCAGAGUGUGGAAUCCUGCAGUUUGAUAGUAUAUCGAAUAUAAGCAUGGGAGGGCUCCUUUCUGAAGCUUCCUUAAUGGGAAAAUUCAGUAACUGGGAUCCAAAGAUAACAGGGGGCACUGCGAGCGUGCAGCCAGCUGAAGUAAUAACUGACUCCCUUGAUGCAUGCAUUGCUGCGGCCCAGAUGAGAUUUUCUGGAGUUUCAAAGCAGCCCCAUAAUGAACAUCAUUCGUCUAUUUUGGAUGCUGAGCAGACUUGUGAUGCAUUUUCUAUGAAAAGACUCCCUUCAUCGAGCAAAGAUACUCUUUCUCUAGAUGCUACUACUAGGGGCACCUUCCAAGAUGCGGAUUCCAAGUUCAAAUUUCCUAAAACACCUCAGGCCCAUAGCCGAUCUGACCUUUCUCAAGAUCCUGCUGGUAAAGAAUCCAAAACCGAUCCUUCGUUCUGUUCGCGGGUUUAUCAUGAUGAAAGCAGCCUUGGCCUGUCAGGAAUCAAUUGGACCGACUCUUUAGGACCCUUUGACCUUGGCUUGGCUGUUCCCCGUAAGGUCUCCUCCAGCGGUGAUACUCUUAGCAAUAGCAUGAGUGGAUUUGUCAGAUAGCCUUAACAAUAUAGAACCAACUCCAUCCUACGGAAGGCACUAUUGCAUAGUAAAGAACUUGGUGAACAAUAAUUUUGAUGCAACUGUAUAGAUUCUUCACUUUAAAUAUUCUGUAGCUUUUGUCAAUUUAAUCCAUGUACUGUGAUUAUAGAAGCUGUUGCAUUGAUCUGGGUGACUUAUAGGCAUACGUCCAUUGCAUUGAGAUGGUGUAUAGAUGGAGAGUACAUAUACUAAAUCAUAUAUUUGAGGAAAAAGUAUUUGCCAAAUCUUAUGGCCAUGUUACAGUUUUUUC